AUUCGUCAGUCAGUCGCAAACGUUUGGGCUCAGUAGCAACAGCUCAGUAGGCGGGUGCCGACGGCGGUCAUUUUCAUUGGGUCGACCAUUUUCCAACUUCCAUUUUGGAGCUACUCCUGUUGCACCCGGUUGGGCCGGAGUGAUCGAAGUUUGCUCGGAACGCACUCGUCCGAACCAAAGUUCCGCCGUUCCUAGUGUACUCUCAAGAGGGUGUGGUCUGCGUGUGGGCUGCGGUGUAGUGCCUGAAGUUCCGGACCUAAGUGUGUGCCUCAGUGAUUGGGCGGAAGAGUGAAGUCCGCGUGGCUGCGUGUGUCGGGAGCGUGGGAGUCUUCUUCCGGAACUUCCGCAAGUGCAAGUGAAAAAUGUCCGCCACCGUCGCGCAGGCCGAUGGCCUGAACAGCAAUGCCAACAUCAUCUCACCGAUCAACAUGUUCUACUUUCUGCUCACCCCGGCCCUGCUGCUGUGGUUCGUCUACUGGCGCCUGUCGCGCCGCCACAUGCUCGAGCUGGCGGAAAGGAUACCGGGCCCGAAAGGGCUACCGUUGAUCGGAAACGCGCUCGAUCUGAUCGGUAGCUCACACUCCGUGUUCCGCACGAUCAUCGAGAAAGGCAAGGACUACAAUGAGGUCAUCAAGAUCUGGAUAGGACCGAAAUUGAUCGUGUUCCUGGUGGACCCGCGCGACGUCGAGUUGCUGCUGAGCAGCCACGUGUACAUUGAUAAGUCGCCCGAGUAUCGCUUCUUCAAACCCUGGCUAGGCAACGGGUUGCUCAUCAGCACAGGACACAAAUGGCGCCAGCACCGUAAGCUCAUUGCACCGACAUUCCACUUGAACGUGCUGAAAAGCUUCAUCGAUCUGUUCAACGAAAACUCGCGGCUGGUGGUGGAGAAAAUGCGCAAUGAAAACGGCAAGGCGUUCGACUGCCACGACUACAUGAGCGAGUGCACCGUCGAGAUUCUGCUCGAAACGGCGAUGGGAGUUUCGAAGAAGACACAGGACCAGUCCGGCUACGACUAUGCAAUGGCCGUAAUGAAGAUGUGUGACAUUCUGCACCUGCGGCACCGCAAGAUGUGGCUGUAUCCCGACCUGUUCUUUAACCUCACCCAGUACGCGAAAAAGCAGGUGAAGUUGUUGGACACCAUCCACAGCCUAACCAAGAAGGUCAUCCGCAAUAAGAAGGUAGCCUUCGACAAGGGCACCCGCGGCACGCUCGCGACCACCUCGAUCAAGACGGCCGACAUCGAGAAGCCGAAGGAGGUGGGUGGUAAUGCCGGUGGCACCAACACCAACACAGUUGAGGGGCUCUCGUUCGGUCAGUCGGCCAACCUGAAGGAUGAUCUGGACGUGGAAGAGAACGAUGUGGGCGAAAAGAAGCGUCUGGCGUUCCUGGACCUGCUGCUCGAGAGUGCGGAGAACGGGGCACUGAUCUCGGACGAGGAAAUCAAAAACCAGGUCGAUACGAUCAUGUUCGAGGGGCACGACACAACGGCCGCCGGUAGCAGCUUCUUUUUGUCGAUGAUGGGCGUCCACCAGCACAUCCAGGACAAGGUGAUCCAAGAGCUGGACGACAUCUUUGGCGACUCGAACCGACCGGCCACGUUCCAGGAUACGAUCGAGAUGAAGUAUUUGGAGCGGUGCCUGAUGGAGACGCUCCGCAUGUACCCACCGGUGCCCAUCAUCGCACGCUCGCUCAAACAGGACCUAAAGCUCGCAUCGAGCGACAUUGUUGUACCGGCCGGGGCCACCAUCACUGUGGCAACGUUCAAGCUGCACCGCCUGGAAUCGAUCUACCCGAACGCGGAUGUCUUUGAUCCGGACAACUUCCUGCCCGAGCGACAAGCCAACCGUCACUACUACGCGUUCGUGCCGUUCUCCGCCGGCCCAAGAAGCUGUGUCGGCCGGAAAUACGCAAUGCUGAAGCUGAAGAUCAUCCUCUCGACCAUCUUGCGAAACUUCCGCGUACGCUCCGACUUGCGAGAGGAAGACUUCAAGCUGCAGGCGGACAUUAUUCUGAAGCGCGAGGAAGGCUUCCAGAUUCGCCUCGAGCCGCGCCAGCGCAAGGUGAAAGCACUGUAAACUUCGGACGAUUUCUGUACUGUUUGUCCCUUUACCCCCAUUAUGCACGAAACCACGAGUUUUCCAUUUGCUAUUAAUCCUACUAUUUUGAAUUUUGUAUGGAACCCACAAACUUUAAGCCAACUUCUCUCUUCCCACACUGUCCACCGAAACAUGUGACUGUAGCGGAAAAUCGUGAAGGUCCAUCUUAGGUUUUAUCCCUAUUUUUUGUUCUUUCAAACGGGAAUACAUUUGGAUAAGUCAAACUUAAAGCAACUAUUAUCACCAAUAGAGCAGCACUGUAGAAAGGGGGUGCCAUUGUUUUGGAAGAAAGAAAGCAAGUGGUUGGGGAAGAUUCGGUUUACCAGCACUGUGUGUCGGUGUCGAUGACGAGCCGAUUAAAAAAAAUAUCUACCCUCAAAACUCCGAUGCCUUGGUACCGAACAAGAGUCUAAGCUACAUGCUGGAAAGAGCAACACAAUGCGCUGCAAACAAGGCCACCUACCCACCACCUUGUUGCAUCUAUUGCCAAUUUUAUGUAAGGGGAAUUAAGCGAUUGUUAAACGAUAAUAUAAAGAUAAAUAUAUUUUUAGAUUUGUUUGUAUGUGUGUGAUAACAAGAGGAAAAAUAAAAAAAGCAUAAAAGCACAUCAUA